AUGGAUGCAACAGCAUUGCUGUGCAACAUCUGCCCGAAACACCCCAAGUUCAGCGAUGUAUCGCAUCUGCUAACUCACGUCGCUUCUAAGGCUCACCUUUCCCACUACUUUAAGCUUCAAGUACGCAGCCACCAGGAGCCACAAGCCGAGGCUUUGCUCGACGACUACAACCAGUGGUACAAGUCCAACAACCUUGCGAAACUCCUAUCGGAUCGUAUGUCGUCCAAGGACUCACGCAGAAGAAAGUCACAGGGGAAGUAUGCCGCGCCAGAUACAGCCGGACCAACCGACAGGGACAAUGGGUAUCAGGUCUCGCCGCUGCCGGCCUGUCUUAACAGCCUUCCUGACUACAUUGAUCCACGGCUCUCGGACCCUUUCAUGAACUCAGGAAGCAGUGCAGUGCACCAACAGGCAUCCACGCCAUCAAGGCACAAGCAGGCCAUGGGUAUUGCACCCGAGCGGUGGAAGCGUGAUAACGAGGAAGAUUCGGGAGACGAACGGACAUCUCUAACGCAAGCUACACCAUGUUGGCCCAAUGUUCUCCGGUCAAGGGAUGACCAGGAAGCCCCAUCUUCGAAUGGGCCCUUUAUCUACGAUCCGUUCGUCGACGAUAAAGAUAGCUUCGUGUACUCGAAUGCUAACGAUAUGGACAAGGAGAGAGCAGAUGAGAUCUCAAGGCUCAAGGGCGUGUUGUGGCCCGGAAUGGAUAUCUUUGACUCUGCCACGGAGCAAAUGAAACGAAAGCGCAACCAGAAGAAGGACGAGAGCGUCCUAAAGAUGAUGGAGAGAACGUCGAUGGGGGUGGAGCCUACUGAACUGGUAUUUUCUCCUACCGGCAUCCUGCGGAAGCAGCGCGUGAUCUCGGGCAACGUUGAAGAUAGCAGUCCUCUGAAAGGUGAGACGCCGAUUCCAAAGAAGCGAGCCACCCGCCCCAAGCGAGUUUUUGCUCAGAUGGACCCAAACACUCAACGCGGGCCGGACGGGAAAAGAGCUAGGAAGAACGUCAAGCAAGACUGCGACCCCCAUGAGGCCGAUAUAGAUCAACGUUUAUAUACUCCUCAACGAGCUGUCCAAGCGUUUGGUCGUUUAGGUGGCCAGAUCUCUGUCGGGGACAACAUGGAGGAAUUUGCGUUGGCACUUCGUGACCAUGACUUGAAGCAGCACAACAAACCUGUUGUAUUCCGAGACAUGUCAGUUUCACGAGAGUCUAGGGCAGAGGAUCAGCAUAGGUUUCCUCAAAGGGAGACAGCUGCCUCGCAACCACUCUUCUUGAGAAGAGAUAUUGCAAUAAAUGACGAUCUUCAGUCUCCUCAUACCGCUGCUCAUUCUUUGAACAUAAUCGAAAAAGGUCCUCGCAGUGUGGACAAAGAGAACCUGGAACAAAUGCUGAACGCCUAUAGUCGAAUGGACCCCCUUGUUGGUUGGCACUCACCUGCGAUGAAGCGGACCGAUAGAGGAAUAUCACCCCAGUAUCUUUUCGGAGACGCACAUUAUGUCGGAUACAGCCCUUUUAACUGCCAUGAGAGCCCAACGGGCUAUUCAUUCAACCCACUGGCUGGAUCCCUCACGAGGAUGGCCACAGAGGAAAACCCGAUAUACGCAGCCGAAUCCGAGAACGUAUUAAAAGGCCCCUCCACCGCCCGUGUCAGUUCGCCAGAUGCAACAAUUUCCGAGGUCGCAGACGAUGAUUUUGAUCGUCUAUAUAUGGACGGAAGCUCUUGA